AAGAAUACUGUUGUUGUUGUUGUUGUUCUCCAAAGAAAUUAUAGAAAGGAGUUUUUUCUUUAUAAGGUUCGCCAAAAGUAGCUAUAAUCUUUGUCGAACAAAAGAAAAAAGAACGGAUCGUGAUCAUGUAUGGUACCUACAGCAUACCAUAGAACCGGAGCUGCAUCACGGCCGUUUGAUCAAAAUGCGCUAGUGAUCAGCCUUUUUCCCUUGCUGCUUCAGCAUGCAACACCUCCUCUGUCUUUCUUCCCAAGCAACAGCUUACAGCCAUGGAUAUAUAAAUUAGGACCCUGACUGCACAGAGCUUUUGAAUACUGUCUGUUCGUGUGUGUCUUUAAGUGCUUUCGUGGUGGGUUAGAGAAGAAGGUGUAGGAGAGAAUGAAAGAGAAGCGAUCGAUUAACCUCGAGGACUAUGAGAGUUUCCUUGAGAACCCUCAUCACCACGAUCUCACCAUCAAACAACUUAACCAGAUUAUCCAUAUGCAUGGAUUCAACAAGCUACACAGGCGUCCCAAGAGGGAUCUAAUGGACGCAUUGAGCACAAUCGAUCUGCUGGUUCCGUUACGGUCAACGUUGUAUGGAAGCAUAUCGUCGUUUGCUUCUCUGACGCCGGAGCAAUUGAAUGAAGACCUGAAGGACCUCGAGUGGCAGGAGUGCCCCGUUCAGUCAAUAGAAACCGUGAAAAAAUUGACAGAACAGAAGCAGCAGCAGCAGCAGCACAACCACCUCCACCAGGAGGACGGCGGCUAUUAUCAGUGGCCAAACGGCGAGGAUGCAGCCUCACACAAUCUCAUCUGGCGGCAACCCACGAAAAGGGCAAUGGCUUCCGUAGUCAUCGAUGUUGAGAAGACGACGUCGAAGAGGAGAAGAAAAGACCCACCGGAAUCAGGUACUAGCAACAUUGUUGCUGCUCCUUACUCCUCUCUGCAUCCAUCCUGGCUGUCGAAUGUCGAUUAGUUUGUGCUAGGAAAAGUGGGGGAAAGCAUUAAAAAGCAUGAACAGGGGAUUUGGAACAUCGAUCUUCAGAGUUUUUUAUUUCUGUUUCCGUAGUCUUGUUUGGGUCUAGAGGGUAGGGUUUCGUUUUCAUCUCCAUAGUAAUAUAUAUACACACAACUGACAGUAAAUUGGUGGGUUCUUUUUGUUUGUUUUGGAAAUGAAGAUGCAGAGGUAAUUCUGCAUGUUGGACCCAGAUGCCAUCCAUGGCCAUGAAUGAAAAUGGAAAAAGAUUUAUUAGUUCUUUCACAGAU